GUGGGUCCGGGCGCAGCCGUUGCCUAGCGACGGGUAACCAAGAUGGCCAAGUUCGUGUUGGCAGGUUCCGCAGACUGCCCUUAUUUCGCCAAAGCAGAAUUUGUGGCAGAUUAUCUUGCAAAAAACUUGCCGGACUUCAAAAUCCAUAAAAUUAUGCAACUCCCUCAAGACUGGGAGCAAUGGCUUCAGAAUAUAUGUUUGACGAAUGGCUGGAAGCACAAGACGUCCCCUAUUGUGUGGCGAGAGUUGGUGAACCGUGGAGGAAAGGGAAUACUGCUGGGUGGAUUUAAUGAUUUUCUGGAUUAUGCCCAGGGUUAUUAUGGGCUGACUGCAGAUAUGAAUACUCAGCGCAUGUUAAACAUUGCAGAGGAGAACCUAAAGACUAAACAAGAGUUGAUGGAAGAAGAGGCAUAUAACAAGCUUCUGAUUAAGCCAUAUGAAAUUUGGAUUACAGGAGCAUUAAAUCCUACUGUCAUGAAUGUGAUACCUACCUUAGUAAGUGGGAAUCUUCUUGGUGAGUAUACUGAGAUCAGUAUAAAUCUGUUGGAUAUCAGUGACUCAGGGAAUAUAUUGCACGGCUUUUGUUUGGAGAUAUUUGAUAUGGCCUGGCCCCUGGUCCGUAAAAUUACAAUGCAUUACAACCUCAAAGGAGCUUUUGUCAAUGCACAACUCAUCAUCAUUCUCGAUGACAUUGAUAACGACAGCAGACAGCCCAUCGAAGAGCGCCACGAAGAGCUGGCUGAACGCUGCAAAUAUUACGGCCGUCUGAUCGAAAGGUCUGCAAAGCCCAGUGUGCGAGUGCUUGUGGCUGGUAACAGCAUUGUGAAUCUGAAAACCUACUUCAUCAUGCAGAAUGCACCAUCUGUCCCACGUUACAAUUUUGUUGCAGUCGCAUCUCGGCUCGAGGGAGAAGCCAGGUCACUAUUGGCCAGGAAACUGGAUGUGACUCCAUUAGAUAUUUCCAAUAUAACCGUUUGGGGAAAUAUAAGUAGAACUAUCUUCAUUGAUUUGAAUAGGGCACGUGUCCAUCGAUUCGAGAGUGCUACUUGGGGACCACCUACCUACUCGCGUCCUGUUCUGGAGGUGCUGCAUGAUCGUCAGUGGAUCGAGAAGGAAUUCCUGCCAAUGGUGUAUGAACGCAAAUCAUUAAUUGAAAGACGAUAUAAACAUCCCCUUGGUAUUUCUACUGCUUGUCAGCUAGUCAGUGUGUUACAUUCUUGGUACCAUGACUCUCCGCCAGGGGAAAUUUUGUCGCUGGGGGUGAUCAGUGAAGGUCAGUUUGGUAUUCCACCAGACGUGAUUUUCUCCAUGCCAGUCCGAUUCUGCAGUGGUAAUUGGGUGGUUCAGACCCAGAUUAAGAUUAACGAGGAGGCCAAGGAGAAGCUGAAUAAGAUUGCCUCAGAGCUGAUAUUGGAGAAGAAGUUAAUCUACAUUCCCCCAUCGCCACCUCCAGUAGAAAGCAAAUCAUUUCCCGAAUACUUGCAAUUGGAAAAUGAGGAAUCGGUUCCAGUAGAUACAUUGGAUCAAGAACUUCUACUGGAAGACAAGGAAUCGACACUUUUAGUAGAUCAAGAGCUACCAUUGGAAACUGAGGAAUCCAUUCCCUUAGUCACAGAAGAGGAACAGCCUCUAUCAGAAAUUGAGGAAUCGUUUCCCAUAGUUCCCGAGGAGGAGGAAGCUCCAUCAGAAAAUGAGGAAUCCGUUCCCAUCGUCACAGAAGAGGAACAACCUCCUUUGGAAGAUGAAUCGGUUCCGGUUGAUGAUAAGCAAUAAUAGUAACCAGAGAUGUAGAUAUUAUUGUUAUGCAGUUGGGUCACACACCAUAGAAUCAUAGAAAUUUAAAGCGCAGACGGAGGCCAUUUGUCCCAUUUAAUCUGGACCAGCUCUUAGAGCAAUGUAUUCAUUCAAUCCCACUGCCCUGCCUUAUCCCCAUUACCCCUUCAUAUCAUAUAAUAUAUGCAGUUAGGAAAAUCAUUUUCCUUCUAAUCACUUUUCCCUCAUGAACUGCAUAGUAUACCCCUACAUAGUGAGACAUGUAAGAGAUGAAAGGGAAGAUGGAUCAUGAUCACUCCCAUCUUUUGACUUGGGAUCUAAAAGAACACAACCCCAACACAAGUUCACUUCAAGGCAAAGAAAGGUGGAUCCUAAAUACUUCUGCCUCCACCCACCACCACCACCACUUCCAGGUCCAAAGGUCAACAAACCACUCUGACCUUCAAAUGUAUAACACUAUCUCUUUAAGUGCAUUCAACUGUGCCAAAAGACAAAUGCAGUAUUAAUGGAUGCGCUUAUAAAUAAUUGCAAACUGAAUGUGCACCUUUUCCAAUGUAACAUACUGGAAAAGAAACUUCACAGCAGAGGAAAAUGAGCUCUAAAGUUGUAUAAAGUUGCCACUGCAUGGGGUUUCACUACAUUGGGCACUGAAUCCUGUCUAUUUGAAUACUGCAUAGUUCUGGUUUACUCAGAUGAUGUUUUCAGCAUUCCCAUUAUUAAAAAGCUCCCCCAACACCUCCACCACACACACACAAAUCCCAAUUGGAAUAGCAUAUACCAUAUGGAAGGGGAGAAUGACUGGGACUUGUUGGAAUAGAUUAGAAUGAAAUACUUCAAACUCACCAAUAUCCUUGGAUCAGGAUUAAAUUUGACUGUUUCAACCACUGUCCACUGUUCAUGUGCUUUGUUUUUCAUUGCAGGAAUGAAUCUUGCUUAUUGAUCUUCAACUCCUCAAAUUGUUGUGUAACAUAAACUGCAAAGAAGUUUAUUCCCUCUAUUGCCAAUCGCUGAACAUUCUUUUUAAUAAAUGAGUCUUGCUAUCAGAUCUCUUUUGAAAAAAAUCACAUGGUUCCAGAGACAUUUUAAGCAUCCUCUUGUUUGAUGUUUUCUUCCUUUCUAUUCCAAACAGAUAUUUUGGGUGUGGGGGGGACUUUUUAACAAUUGAAAUUUGGAAAACAUCAUCUGAGUAGUAGCUUGGAGCAGCUCCUCUGACCUCAAGAUUGUGCCAGGGUUGAAUUAAGAUUGUUGACAUAUCCGGUGAAGAUUUUUUCAUCGACAUUGUUGUGGCAAGAAAAAUUUUGGAAAAAUAGCCAACAGAAACCAAACAAUCAAAAGGAUCUUAACCCUUAAUGAUAAUUAUUUUCAAAGGAAUUUUCAGAAAGUAUUCUAUCAGUGAGGGCAAUACUCAUACUUUCAAUAAGAGUCUUGGUAUUGAGAAAACCUUCAAUCCAGAUUUUCAAUCAAGUUAGGUUAUUGAUUUGUGCGCAUGAUCAGUAUAUUUGGUUCUUGGUUAUAAUAAAAAGUUUGUACUGCAAAAA